UGAUGAAAAAUUCAUCAGAGAACAGGUUUACACAAAAUCGAAUGAUGAAUUGCAACAAGCAGAUGGACAUCAUCAACGCCUCCGCCUUACCAGUGAUACCAGUAGCUGAGCAGCGGGCGGUCUCCCUCAGUGUACAAAAAGCAACAGAAUGCGCUAUGAGGAAGACUUUAGAGGACCGUCUAUCCACGUGCGUCCACGGAUCCAUUCUGCAGGUGAACCAGAGGAUUGCUGAGAUGGACCCGAGUUCCAACUCGAUGGCCAACAGCUUGGCCAUUGAGAGAUUUGAGUUGGAGAAGAAGACUUUAAUGGAGAAAAGUCUCAGCAGCCCGGGAGACAGAGCCAAGAGACCAAGAAAAGCACAGUAUUCCUGCAGAGGCACGGCACUCAGGACCACCAACUUUUCCCUUAUAAAAAGGAAAACCGCAGACAAAAAUCUGCUGGCUGAGCUGUACCAGCCCCCUCCCUAUAACAACACUGGGCCCAACAAGCUCCCCAAUGGGGUGCGCUUUUGCGACAUGGUGGGCAACGUGGUCCGGGCAGAGAAGAACCCACUUAGUGGCAAGUCUUUAUGUUCAGGUACAGAAUUGGAGAAAUUUCUCUCUUCUCCUUCUGUCAGAGCGAUAUGGCUGGAUAGCUUUUGGUGGAUAUUUCAUGAAAGAUACCAGCCAGACAAGGAGAUCCAGAAUAAGCUGUUUGACCGCAUUGCAAGACACUACACCGUCCUUCUGUUCCACGGGCCCAGGUCUCACUAUGAAGAGGCGCUCUUAAAAAGGCUGCCGUUUCUGCUGAGCAAAGCCAUGUACACCAGCUUCUGCUGCUGUUUCCCACAGUCCUGGUUCAACACGCGUGAAUUCAAGUCCGACAUCUGCAACACUAUGAGCCUGUGGAUCGCAGGGAUACAUGCUUGCCCGCAGAACUAUAACAACUGGGACUACUUUGAAUUGGAUUCAGAGAGAUUCCGGAGAGAAGAAUUAAUGUUGCAGAGAAGACGCCUGAUAAAGGGAAGAGGGUUUUCCUUCUUCGCCUGUAAAAGAGCCUCCGUGCACAAGCCAGUCUCAAGCCAGAAGCCCCACCACACUCUGAUUUCUAGUGUACAUUCAGCCUACAGGAGAGUCUCUUCUGCCAACCAGCAUUCAGCGGGAAGCUCCUGCCGCCAGAGCACCCUGAAAGAGCAUCAGCCCUGUGAGACCCUGGUCUUGAGGAAAGCUACACAGCAAGUCAAGAGGAUAUCAGAAGCAAGAGACUGUGAGAAGUUUUCUAAACAGUCUCAACCAGCCUGCAAAAGCCCUCCGCUGACUUCAAACCUCUUCAACAUCUAUGGAAAGAGCCCUCUGAUCUCAUACUUCCUCCAGAACUAUUCCGGGCUGCCCCAGCAUGGCUGGGAUGUGUUGAUAACCAGAAGGGAAAGGACCAAGUGCAUCCCUGAAUCCACCCCGACCUACACUGAGGUCAUCAGCCUGGCCCUGAGCAACAUGAAGGAGCGCAGGGACCAGCUCGAGCAGCUGAACCGGCUCCACUGCAGCGAGUGGGAUUAUUUUGACAGUCACCUAAAGGAGCUGCACCACCACUUCCUGAGGGAAGUGAAGAACACUGAGAAGAGACCAGCAGAUGAAAGACAGGCCAGUCACACAUUCAUCCUGCCCUCAUCCUCCUACUGCACCGAGGAGCUGCUCCAAAAGGAACAAAGAGGAAACAGUGACAGAGAAACUGCCUUUCUCCUAAGACAGAAAGAGACUACCAAGAAGUCAAAAGCUCUGCAAAAAAAGGAGCCACUCAUCCUCAGCCUCUCACUGUCUCCCUUGCAUGAAUGAAUCUUGUCCAAGUACUGGGAGGAAGCUUGCACGUUGUUGGAGUUCUCCUAAAACAGAAACAACCAAACAAUUAAAAACACUGCAAGCAGGGAUUUCCUGUCCAUGGGACAGAGAAUAUUAAAGUUCAUUUCCACCGUGGGCCACAGACAGGAUUUAACUGAAGUGAAUUCACCUGGUUAUUCUUUCAUUCACUCCCUGUGAAUCAUGAUGUGAUAGCCAACCUGACUCCAUUUUGUGCCUCAUCACUGUUCCUCCUCCCCACUUGGGAGUCCCCUUGGUUGAUGCAUAGCAGACCGCCACAUCCCAUUUGGUAGAACAGUCUGCGUCUAUGUGUUCUUAUGAACAGGGCACCUGUGUGAUAUUUUGUUUCAACUAAACUGUGUGAAACUUCCCCUGACCCCUACUAACUUAGCAAAGUUCUGCUUCUGUAAAAUUCCACUUACUCUCCCACUCUCCCUGAGCCCUCCCAAUUAGAAGAGCCACUUAAAAGAAACUCACAAGCCACUUUUCGGGGUCAAGAGAUU